AUGAAGGGCACAUUUAUCCUCUCAGGCCUUCUGGCGACUACCGUCUCAGCUCACAUGCAAUUGAGCAAGCCAUACCCUAUCCGCAGUCCCCUCAACAAGGACGGCACGGGCGAGAAGGACUAUUCUUACACCAACCCUCUCUCCACCUCCGGUAGCGACUACCCAUGCAAAGGCUACGCCAAUGAUGCAUUUGUGGCCGUGGAUACAUGGCAACCAGGCUCCUCCCAAGAGAUGACGUUAGAAGGGAGUGCUGUCCAUGACGGGGGCUCGUGCCAGCUCGCUCUCACUUAUGACAAGGGCAAAACUUUCAAGGUCAUUGAGUCGAUCGAGGGUGACUGCCCUAUUGCUAAGAAGUACCAAUUCGAUGUCCCUUCGGACGCACCAAGCGGUGAUGCGCUCUUCGCUUGGACUUGGUUCAACAAGGUCGGCAACCGCGAGAUGUACAUGAACUGUGCUAUGAUCACAAUUGGUGGCUCUAGCAACCGCAACGCCCCUGUCGAUGCCAAGGAGGCCUCCAAGAAGACACUUGACGAGAAGACCACUGAGAAGGGGCCCAACAACAAGGCAAACGGUCAGACAUCUAACAGCAAGGCCAAUACCCAGACUACAAACGCCAAGAACAGCUUCGAUAGUCUCCCCGAUCUCUUCGUUGCCAAUGCCAACCAAGCUGGCAAUUGUGUGACCAUUGAAGGCCAGGCCGUUCACUUCCCCAAUCCUGGCCCCAAGCUCAUCGGCAAGGCCGACGGCCCUGGCUAUAAGUGCGCUGACCAUGCUCCUUUCCUCGAGAGCACCUCCGACUCCAAGUCAAAGCCCUCCACCACCUCCAAGUCUGAGAAGAAGCCAGCCGCUACCACAUCCAAGUCCGAGAAGAAGCCCGCUACUACCAGCACAUCCACCACAACCACCAAGGCUGUGUCCAAGAUCGCCCAGCCCUUCGGCACUCCCUCCCCUACCGCUGACUCCCGUGAGCUCUCCACCGAUGCUUCAUCCACCAACCAGUUCGUCAACAACCUCGGUCAAUGGUCUUGCCAUUCUGGGGACCUCAUCUGCUCUCCCGAUGGACUUUCCUUUGCCCUGUGCACCAACGGAAAGCCCGUCUUCAUGGGUUCUGUUGCUGCUGGUACUAUUUGCCGCUUGGGCGCCAUUACUGCUCGCUAG